UGUAUCUAAUGCAUUACAUUGCCAUGCACACAUGGGCUUUGUGAAAUGUGAAAAGUUCAUGGCACAUCCUGAAGCAACACCUAACAUCCCCACACAUACGUGUACACACACACACACACACACACACACACACACACACACACACACACACACACACACACACACACUCACUCUGUAGUGACAUCACUGGAGUUUCCCCUCCACUAAAACCUCUAGAUAAAAACACACGAACACACCACAGGCAGAACUACUCUGACAAUCGAACCAUCAAUAGACAAGCUCCAGCUAAGAAACUACAGCGGUGAAAGAAUGGCACAGGACUGGAAGAGCGCUGAUCUGGAAAUUGGGCAGCCGGGAGUUGAAGCCAUGGAGGAGCAGACGAAGAUGGGUGCCUCACGGCCCUCAGGGGGCUGGAAGAUUGGUUUGGCUCUACUGGCCAUAGGACUGUGUGCUGCUUCUGCUAUCUUCUUCACAAUCCACAACCAGAAAUGGGACAUCACUGAUAGAAGCAAAGCUCUGAAACACACUUUGAGACAAGUCCCAAAAAUAAACACAGGAAAACACCAAAUGGCCAUCCAUCUGGAAGGAGAGUACAAUCAUUCUCUGAAAAAUACUGUGGAAUGGAAAGACAGUGACUCGGUUUUUCACGAGGGGCUGAAACUGGUCAACAACGAGAUUGUCAUCCCCAAGAAGGGUCUGUACUUCAUCUACAGCCAGGUGUCCUUCAACAUCAAAUGCCACACCCAAUCACAGAAGCUGGCCCAAAUGGUCCACCUGAGCCACAGGAUCAAGUGCAAGUCGCCGGCUUACGGGACAGAGAGGUGGCUGCUGAAUACUCUGCACUCAAGUUGCGAGCGCAUACCGGCCCAGGAGGACAAUGGGGAGCGCUGGUAUGACGCCAUUAAUGUGGGAGCUGCUUUCUUCCUGGAGGAGGGCGAUCAGUUGAGCACCCACACAGGGCCAGACAGAGAACUACGCCAUGUGAAGAGUGACACUGGGAACACCUACUUUGGAGUGUUUGCUCUCUGAGGCACAUGUGUGUGAGUGUGAGUAUGUCUGUGCUUUAUUGUCCCAAUUAUGGACCAUCUACGUAUAUACGCAUAUAUACCAUAUACGUAUACAUUACGUACCGUAUGUAUAUCAUCUACAAUUUAAUUUAUUUCACAUCUCAAUUCACUGUAUCAGUGCAGCAUUUACUGAGAUAGGACAUGGAACCGAAACAUGAAUGAACCGAAACAAGUAUGCUGGGUCCUUAUAGUGAAUAUUCUUACAUAAAAAAGGUA